CGGCGAGCCCGCCCUGCCAACCACGCCCCCUACCCAGCUCGGUUCCCCGCAGUUGGAGCUGAGCGCCUGGUGGAGCGAAGCGGAUAGCCAGGUCAGCCAUGUCAUCUGAGCCACCUCCUCCAUCCCAGCCCCCCACCCAUCAGUCCUCGGCCGGGCUGCUGGACACCCAACAGGCCCGGGAUCGCUCACCGUCCCCGCUACGGGGCAACGUGGUGCCAAGCCCGCUGCCUACUCGCCGCACCAGGACCUUCUCAGCGACGGUGCGGGCUUCCCAGGGCCCAGUCUACAAAGGAGUCUGCAAAUGCUUCUGUCGGUCCAAGGGCCACGGCUUCAUCACCCCGGCGGACGGCGGCCCUGACAUCUUCCUGCAUAUCUCCGACGUGGAGGGGGAGUACGUCCCCAUGGAAGGCGACGAGGUCACCUAUAAGAUGUGCUCCAUCCCGCCCAAGAACGAGAAGCUGCAGGCCGUGGAGGUGGUCAUCACCCACCUGGCGCCGGGCACCAAACACGAGACCUGGUCCGGCCAUGUCGUCAGUUCCUAGGAGCGGCCGGAGGCACCCUGGCUCCCCCGGGCUCUGGGGAGACCCCCAGGGCAGGAGGAGGCAGGACCAGACGGGAGAGGACAACUGUGCCGCUUGAGAUGGGGCAUCCGAAAGGGGGGAGAGCGUGGUCCCUGUUAAGAGUCUCCUGGAGGAAGGGGUUGGAGAUGGGGGCAGGCACGGGGGUGCCCUCGGCCACCAGCACAGCCUCCGACCACCGCAACCAACAUCUCACCAUCUGAAAAACAUUAAAAGCAUUGAAAAAGGAGAGGCGCUCCCUGGUGGCUGAGUGGAGAGUCUGAGCCCCACCCAGGGGCUGGGUCGGGCGGCUUCCCUGGCCCGCAGUCCCUCCCACAACCCCACCCCCGCCCCGGAAUUGAAGGCUGAGAAUCCCCAGAUUGGUCCUCUGGGUAGCGACAUGGACCCUGCGUGAUUUCCCAGGAGGAAUUCCCACCCAAGCGCGCGCACCACCCCCGCCCCCAUUCGUGAGUCUCUCCUUGUCCCUGGGCAGAGCAGACUUUUCCGGUUCUCAGCUGGUUGAUCCAAGGGGCUGGGGGCGGGGAGGGCGGGGGUCUUGCUGCCUCUGCAGCAGGAGGUGAAACAGCUGGGCGUCUGGCAGGCCUGAGUCCUCCAUGUGGCAGUCGUGUGCUCAGAGGCGAGUCCUCGUUCUCUCUGAAGCCUGGUCCUGUCUGUCUGUCUUUGGUUGAGAAUUCUGGCUCAGCCACCCAUCCGGGAGGUGGUGGAGAGGGGUGGGGAGUGUGGAGAGGGGGAGGGUCUUUGUUUCCAAACAGACCUGUCUCGGGAUCCAUCUAGAAAAGAGGAGGUGGUUUGCUUCCUGGGAGCGUGGCGAAGUCACAGGUUGAAGGAGAAAUAUGCUUUUGGUGGAGUUUUCUGGAAAACUGGUGUGAACCGCUUAGGAUUGUUCUUUUUUUUUAAGAACUUAAGCUCUCACCGAAGCCAGUUAUGUUUGCACUUUGCUGUUGACAUUGCAGACCUUUGUGGAUAUUUCCAGUAAACAGAUCCUUAAGGCUUUC